AAAAGUGGCCUUGCCCUUUAAAAGCUCGUGCUCUUCUUCCCUUCAACUAGUCGAAAGUUGAUUCUGACAACCGAAAAGGGGACCCGUGUUUGAGGAUAUCACAUAAAUCACAAGGCUGCAAAAAUGGUCGACAAAUUUGUGGGGACAUGGAGGAUGGUUUCCAGCGACAACUUCGAUGAGUACAUGAAAGCACUUGGUGUGGGAUUUGCAACCCGGCAGGUGGGAAACCGGACCAAGCCCAACUUGAUACUGACGAUGGACGAACAAGGGAAUGUUUGCAUGAAGUCUCAGAGCACCUUCAGGACGACCGAAGUCAAGUUCAAGCUCAACGAGCCCUUCGAGGAGACGACCGCGGACGACAGGAAGACGAGGACCGUGAUGACUAUGGAGAACGGCAAGCUUGUGCAGAAACAGAGCUGGGACGGCAAGGAAACGAGUAUCGAGAGAGAGAUCUCUGAUGGGAAAUUGAUAGCGAAAUGUAUCAUGGGAGACGUGGUCGCCGUGCGGACGUACGUAAAGGAUGCAUGAUGGCGCUCCCUGGCUCGCACGUCGGAUGUACUGCUGGAUGACGGGCUCAGUUCAAUGAGCGCAAUGCUGUGUUCUGCUUCUCACCCCCCCCACCUCCCCCCAUUUCUCAUCGCUGUUACCAAAGUCGUAUCUGUGCCUCUUCUCCAACAUGACUCUCUUGGGUUCAUUUGGAUUUGUAGUGGUUUGAAUAAAAACUGAUGGAAAAAUUUGUCAAAA